AUGCCGCUCGGAGAGAGAGGAGGAUGGGAGAUAAGCGAGUCCAGAUACUGCGGCGUUGAGACUGACUUCUCCGACGAUGUUCCUUCUCUUCUCUCCUUACACAUCUCCACCGGCGGCUUUGACUAUGUCCUUGCUCCUCUGGUUCGUUUCCUAUCGCUUCUCACUCCCUUUUCUGAUAUUUACUUCCUAUCUCUAAAAGAGUUUCCUUUCGCUCUUUGUGUAAUCGUCCGAGUUAACUACUUUGUGGGAGCAGGAAGAGGACCCCUUGUGAGGGCAUCGUUGCAGGCAGCUGAAGAAACUGGCCGCAAGAUGAAAGUUUAUGCUGUCGAAAAGAACCCUAAUGCAGUUGUAACGCUCCAUAAUUUGGUUAAGAUGGAAGGGUCAUGCGACAUGCGUUUUUGGAGUGCUCCUGAGAAAGCUGAUAUAUUGGUUAGCGAACUGCUGGGUUCUUUUGGAGACAAUGAACUCUCUCCUGAGUGUCUUGAUGGAGCCCAAAGGUUUCUGAAACCAGAUGGAAUUUCAAUACCAUCCUCGUAUACAAGUUUCAUACAACCUGUAACAGCUUCAAAGCUUUACAAUGACGUUAAGGCUCAUAAAGAUCUUGCGCACUUUGAAACUGCUUAUGUCGUCAAACUGCACAGUGUAGCUAAACUUGCUCCUUCCCAAUCUGUUUUCAUAUUUACUCAUCCAAACUUCUCAGCAAAAGCCAACAACCAACGCUACAAAAAGCUUCAUUUCAACCUACCAAGCGACGCUGGCUCAGCCUUGGUGCAGGGAUUCGCUGGCUAUUUUGAUUCCGUCCUGUAUAAAGACGUCCAUCUUGGUACCGAGCCUACAACAGCAACACCAAACAUGUUCAGCUGGUUCCCAAUCUUUUUCCCAUUGAAGAAGCCUGUGGAGGUCCACCCUGAUUCUCCAUUAGAAGUACACUUUUGGAGGUGUUGUGGUUCCUCAAAGGUUUGGUAUGAAUGGUCGGUGUCAUCUCCUACUCCAUCUCCGAUGCACAACACCAAUGGCCGUUCGUACUGGGUCGGCCUUUAGGAUCAGAGGAUACUGAGAAGAGUCUUGGACUGAUGAUGAAGUGAUGUAAUUUCACUGCGUUGUAUUUGAGUGUCAAACAAAAGACAAAAGUUACAAGUGAAUCAAAUCUCUAUUGACCUUA